AUGGAGCAGGCAGGCUUGGUUCUGGGCAACAUUGCCAUGUCCAGUUUUUUGACCACGUGUCUGGAUGGGUGCAACUACGUGACGCUGGAUGCCCAACAUGGAGGAGAAUUCAACAUGGCCUUCACGAAGCUCCUCCUCCUGAGAGGCUGGCUCACUGCGGUGGGGUCGACGGUUCGCGGGACUUCUUCGGCCAACCAUCCGCCAGCGAUGCAAGCACAGUUGGAAUACCAGAAGCAGGUGGUCAGAGUCAGCGUCGAGAGCUUGAGGCGGCUGCUGCAGCACUCGAAGAAGUACCAUGAGAAGUCCGGGCUCAAAAUCAGGGCGGACAGGUCUGAAGGAGUGGUGCAUGUAGGUGAGAUGGCGGCGAUCGAGCCAGCGUUCUAUGAGACAGAGGGCGCAGUCCCAGAGCAAGAUCCCUAUUCAGAUUCUCCUCACUUAUCCUCGUUCACCAAGACGGCCCCGGGUCAAGCCCAGACGCUGGAACAUCAUCGCAAUGUCGAAGCCCACAUUGCGGACCUCGACAACUUUGUGAACAGACUCGACUAUCUGCUUCAAUAUCUCGGGCUGGUCGACGACGACGCGAUGCAGGUCGAGCUGGUAGAGCGAGCGAUGGAGGCCAUCCCUGAGCCAGCCAGCAUUCGGUUGUUGCUUCAAGCUUCCGGGUCCGACUCCCACGUCCCCGAAGGCAUCUUCCCCACCGCUGCAGCUGCUGGUGCCGCCAACUUCGCGGCCACGGGCCUUGCCGAACCGACCAAGUUAGCAAGUCAUCAGUACAUUCGAAAUCUCAUCAAGGAGCAAGCAAUGACCGUCAUGGGGGACGUGGGACACGUCAACGGCAGCGCCAGGAGUUUUUACCAGGAGAACGAGAUGAGUGGAAGAUCGCAAGCCGUCCUGGGCAACGUUGACGGCGCCUUUGGAGUGGGUUUCUUUGGCAGGACCCAGACCGACAAAUCUUAG